AUGACCUUUGCUGAUCCGCAGAUGGGUAAUAUUUUGGCUAUUUGCUUCCUGCUGGUUGCGGCCGCGGUCGUUGCAUACCUCACGCGGGUCACGCGAAAGGUGUCUCAAGUGAACAUCAAAGUCAAAGGCUGUGGUGACAGCGAGAAAACAGAGCGGGAAGCAGGCGAGUGGACCCCCGUCGUGUUCGAUUAUCCUAAAAUCGAACCCUUCACUGGCGACCUGAGUGCUGUUAAGCCGAUCCCGUACCGUCCUUUCCGCUGGGGAGACUAUCAUGUCACCAUGGGCAUCAGGAACAUGCCUUGGAACGAGUGGAUCGAGUUGGAUCAGCAAUUCUUCGAUUAUCACAAAAUUCGUGAAUACCGCCUCCGUACGCGGGCAGAUCGUUCGGUAAUAAUCCAUCCUGAGCAACCUGGGAUUGUACAAUCGGGGCACGCUGGAGCUGAGGAGUUCCUGUACGAGCUUGCGGAAUACCUGCCAAGGCGGUAUCCCACUAUUUACCGCGUAGAGCGACAUGCGACUUCAAAGCCAAAUUCCUACUCGUGGUAUGGAGAGAACCCUAUCAAGUCAAUCACAAUUAUUCCGCUUCAGAUCACAUAUGAUCUUGACGAGGAGGAUCCCCUGACCAUGGCCGCACGUCUCGUGCAAGAGGAUUUCGCCAUCAUGAUUGAAGGCACCGAUGGACGAUAUUAUCUUCAAGGAGGUGCCAUCUUGAUCCCAGGAUUCUGGCGUUUAAAAGACAAGGUUGGCAUGCCUCUUGAUCAGAUCCACGUCUCUGGAGAUGUCCCGCAGUAUCAAAGCAAGCUGCACCUCAGCAUGGGACGCUUCUUUAGACGACUGCCAGUGGACAAACCUGUCAUCCGCAAUAACUAUGGCUUCCAGGUUGUAAAGAACACUGACCCUACCGCGACGACCGAGGACCCUACGCGCGCUGUAGAUCCCACUGAGCUCGCAUGGUCCGCAUCCAUGCAGGGCAACGAGGACCGAACGGACUACGAGCGCAGCGCGCACGUCCGUACGGAGCACGCAGACGGAAAGGUACGCAGCUGGACUGAGCUGUUACCGUCCAUGGUGCAUCUCCGCACGGAGCGCCAGACUCUGCGCCGCCUGCCUCGCACGGGUGCCGUCGUGUUCACGAUCCGCGUCUAUCAGACGCCGAUUGACUCGCUGGCGCAGGAGCCUGGAGCCCCCGGUAGGCUUGCCAGCGCCAUACGCAGCUGGCCGGACGACGUUGCGGAUUACAAGGAUCGUUUUGCGUAUGAAGACAUCUUGCAAUAUCUAGAUAAGCGGCAUGCUGAGCAGAUCGAAGCAGGAGAGAUCACUGGCGAAGAGCGGAUCUCUUAUUAUCCAUUUUGA